GAAAUAAAAAACCUUCCUCCGUCUCCUCCUCGGACCAGGACGAGUCGAGCGGAAACGCGCGCACACUUUGGACUUGGAGACAAGACAAGCUACAAGACUGCACUACUUUUGACGAAGUCGGAGGGAAAAAAAACAAGAUUUAUCGCGUGCCACCUUCCUGACAUUAGAAAGCAUGCAGCACUACGGCGUGAACGGCUACUCGCUGCACGCCAUGAACUCCCUGAGCGCCAUGUACAACCUCCACCAGCAGGCGGCGCAACAGGCGCAGCACGCGCCCGACUACAGGCCCUCCGUGCACGCGCUCACCUUGGCGGAGCGACUCGCUGACAUCAUCCUGGAGGCUCGUUACGGCUCUCAGCACCGCAAACAGCGCCGGAGCCGCACGGCCUUCACCGCCCAGCAGCUGGAGGCCCUGGAGAAGACCUUCCAGAAGACGCACUACCCCGACGUGGUGAUGCGGGAGCGGCUAGCCAUGUGCACCAACCUGCCCGAGGCCCGCGUGCAGGUCUGGUUCAAGAACCGCAGGGCCAAGUUCCGCAAGAAGCAACGCAGCCUCCAGAAGGACCAGUUGCAGAAACAGAAGGAAACAGGCGCUGAAGGAGCAGCUGAGAAGGAAGAUGUUCCUGCUCCCUCCCCCACUGUCCUUCCUGACCCGCAGUUACCUCCGUCCACCUCCGCUUCUCUGGACACAGAUGGUCCGGCGGUGCGCCCGGUCCCGCCGGAAAUGGAACUGAAUGUCACGUCGGCGGAGCAGUCCGGCAGCGAGUCUGCGACGGAGGACAACGCCACAGAUAAGGAGGAUGAGAAUAAAUGUCAGCACAGCGAGAGAGCGCUGACACCGGGAGACGUGUCUUCACCCUGCAGAAGACUCAGCCCUAAAGCGGACUCACCUCUCGUCUCUCCGUCCGUGACGACUUCCUCAUCCAGCAGCAGCAGCGGCCUGGCUGGCGGCUGCGGUCCGCUCUCCCAGAACCACUCGUACUCCUCCCCGCUGAGCCUGUUUCGCCUGCAGGAGCAGUUCCGCCAGCACAUGGCCGCCACCAACAACCUGGUGCACUACCCUGCUUUUGACCUGGCCGCCCCCUCUUCCCUCCCCUACCUGGGGAUGAACGUCAACAUGCCCCCGGCGCCGCUAGGCACUCUCCCCUGCCAGUCUUACUACCAGUCGCUGUCCCAUCAUGCCCAGCAGGUUUGGAACAGCCCACUGCUGCAGGCGUCGGCCGCGGGGGGACUGAGCAGCCACAACAGCAAGACCACCAGCAUUGAGAACCUGCGGCUGAGGGCUAAACAGCAUGCCGCCUCCUUGGGACUAGACACCUUGUCCAAUUGAGAGUUCCACUUGGACGGAAAGCUUCGAUCAGCGUCUGAAGCUAAAUGUUCUCCUCCUCGCGUAGACAAGUGAGGGUACGGCAUGCACAACUUAGUGAAGAACCAUCAACGGCUGCUGCUUUGAACUCGAGAUAAUCUGAGAAACCUUGGGGAAAGAAUAUGAGAAGUGAACAAACACAAAGGGAACAUUUCGACUCAAGGACGCUGAUGAUUUAAGUCUUUUAAAAAAAGUUAAACAAGUGAUGUUUACAAAAUUAAUGUGAAUAUAUCAAGCACUUUUUGAGGGAUCCAGCGUGGUGAUUGGAAGAUAUAAGUUACAUAGCCCCAGACAGGACACACAAUUUUUUUGUUUUAAAUCAUUGCUGCAAUAUACAUAUCAAGUCCCCCCCCCCACCCAAUUUGUGGACAUGAAAUGGAUAUGACGUGCAAAAAAUUGACAUUUUUUGUCAUAUUUGUCAUUUAAAUAAAUUGUCAUUUAUGGCUAUGAUAAAUACAUAAUAUGCACACCAAAUGAUAAUUUGUGGCCACAAAAAAAAGCAUAAUGUACCCACAAAAUACUAUUUUGUGGCCACGAAAUAUGUAUUACGUGCACACAAAAUAUUCAUUUGUGGCCAUGAUAAAAAGUAUAAUGUGCACAAUAUACUAGUUUACGGCCACAAACUAGCUGUGGAUACGGGACAAAUUGGUAAGCAAAUCAAGCGCACCUUCUCUAGAAAUGCUAGAUGCUAAAGCUACAAUAUGGACAUGGAUAGUAUCAUUGAAUUUUUACUUUACACUAGGGAUGAGCAAUAAAAGGUUCGGGGCUGGGGGGGGCAAUCUACACCCCGCCCCCACCCCUCCAUGUCAUAACUCGGGCUCCAGAUACAUCUUGUGAAAAGCUGUUGAAAAGAAACAAAAAAUACAUGGACAGUUGCAUUGUACUGUACAGUCGACGCAAGAAAACCAGAACAUCCUCAUCGGCAUAAUUAAAAAUUAGCAAUUUAGCUAUUUAAUGGGCAGACACACGGCGCUUGGUGUAUAUCGGCGACCUCGACGGUGAUAACUUGAUUUCACCGACUAAAUUAUCAAAUCAUUUUAACGACAUCUGACCCGAGGGGGAGGCCAGGCCAGCGCAAAUGUAAUAAAUGAGCAUGCAUCCCGUUCAAGGUCGACUUGAUCGCUUCCAAAGGUCGUUCGACUUUAGCUGUCAACUGAUGGAGCCCGUAUGACUGACAUCACUUUAAAAAGAAUGAAUCCAUCGUCAAUAAUGGGAAAUGUUAUCAAUUAGUGAGGGCGGCGAGAACAAACAUGCCGCUUUUCAAGGAAAGUCCCACUGACUCUUCGCACUUCAGACGUUGGCUGAUCAUGUUUAACUGAAAUAGAAAGACAUCAAAUGGGGGAAAAUAAAAACAUAUACACACACACGCACAUUAUUUUAAUAUGUAAAGUAUAAAAUCUAUCUUAAUAAUUGUAAAAACUGUACUAUGUUAUAAAACUGAUGUACUCCUGUAAAUCGUUUUAGCUGUAAGAUUGUUUUUGCUGAUCCCACCCGCCCUUGCCCCUCAAUGGAUCGAUCAAUUUAAUGGUUCUGCUUUUGGAACUGAUUCGAAAGAAGCCAAACUGGACUUGAGUGCCGGCAGCUGUGUUCUUCUUUUCUGUAUUGGGACACUAAAGUUGGAAGAAGGCAAAAAUCGUUUCUGCGAUUGAUUGGGCCUGAAGUUUUCAAUGUUCUAUUUGAGUGCGGUUGUUCAACUGUUGCCGUUUGCCCCUCCGUCUUUGUCCACAAUUUGGUCCCGUGGUAUGUGGUAGAUAUUUUAGAAUGUCAAUUGUGGAGGACAAAUGUUUCCUUUCCUCUUCCCAAACGGUGUUGACUUUGUGUUGUUGAAAAAAUAUCUGUAAAUAAAUUUUAAAAAACUGCUUGAAGAUGUUUAUAUUGGAAA